AUAAGAGAAAUGUAUAAACGUGAUUGGUGUCACCUUCCCUAACAAUCCAAAGCCUUCCGAGGAUGACACAUUUAGGCAAUUACAAGCUGGUGUUCCUGGGCGAUCAGGCCGUUGGUAAAACCAGCAUCAUUACUUGUUUCAUGUACGGUAACUUUGACACCAAUUAUCAGGCUACAAUUGGAAUUGAUUUUUUGUCCAAAACAAUGCGGCAUGAAGAUACAACUUUCCGUCUGCAGUUGUGGGACACGGCUGGACAAGAGAGAUUCAAAAGCCUGAUACCGAGUUAUAUCAGAGAUUCUUCUGUUGCUGUUAUUGUCUAUGAUGUAGCUAAUAAGCAAUCAUUUAUCAACGCCUCCAAGUGGAUUGAAGAUGUCCAUGCGGAAAGAGGCAAUCAAGUCAUUAUUGCUCUUGUUGGUAACAAAACCGAUCUUGUUCAUAGAAGGCAAGUUUCAAUAGAGGAAGGUGAUACCAAAGCUCGUGAGCUUGGAGCUUUGUUCAUAGAGACUAGUGCAAAAGCUGGAUUCAACAUUAAGCCUCUGUUCUGUAAGAUUGCGUCGGCCUUACAGGGGACUGAGACAGUUACAUGGAGGAGACAAGAGGAUUUGGUGGAUGUGAACCUAAAGCCAAUGACUAAUUCAUCUCACUCACAGCAGCAACAAGGAAACUGUUCUUGUUAAAUGAUAUAUUACAUAGCUUUUUAAUUAGAGAGUUAGGAAGACAGAAAAAACAUUAAUGCGAUUUGAUAAAACUAUUGUUACAACAACCAAGAGCUUCUUUCCGUAUGUAAUAGUUUGUGAACCUGAGUGCAAUGAUUUUUUUGGAAAUUUCAACAGUACAGUAUGUUUGGAACAAGGCCAUACAGGGAGAACAAAUGAAAAUAGAUACUGUUUUCUUGAUAAAAAAAAAGAUAUUGUUUUCCUUGAAGAUAUAAGUCUUAUCACUGUAAUCACAAUUGCAUCUGAGACAUCAAGUUAAUUAGACCACGCCACAUCAGAGUCUUUUAGCUUUCUAUAAGGUUGCCUUGCCAUCCAUAUUGUUGAUUUCUAGCACUACCCAUUGGGUUCUUUAAUCUUUGAGCUUAAUCCAUAUUUUCCGAAGCCAAAAAGUUAGUGUGAAUUUAUUAGCAAAUGAGGCUAUAACCAAAAACGUUGUAAUCUUUUUUCCUUAUAAACAAAGACAUGAUCGGAUAGAAUUGUUCAUCCAAAAAAUUUUACCGAUCAAAACUUGGUUCAAAAAU